AUGGAAACACACAAUCUCACUAUGGUGAGAGAAUUCAUCCUGAUGGGCAUCACCGAUCGUCCUGAGCUGCAGGCUCCGCUGUUCGCACUGUUCCUCCUCAUCUAUGUGGUCUCUGUGAUGGGCAACCUGGGCAUGAUCAUCCUCACCAUGGUGGACUCCAAACUACAGACCCCGAUGUACUUUCUCCUCAGACACCUGGCUCUCACUGAUCUUGGAUAUUCCACAGCUGUGGGACCUAAAAUGUUGGUCAAUUUUGUUGUAGAUCAAAACACAAUCUCCUAUCAUUUCUGUGCCACCCAGCUCGGUUUCUUUCUUCUGCUAAUUGGUAGUGAACUUUUUAUCCUGUCGGCCAUGUCCUAUGACCGCUACGUGGCCAUCUGCAACCCGCUGCUCUACACCGUGGUCAUGUCACAGAGGGUGUGCUGGGUCCUGGUGGCCAUCCCCUAUCUCUACUGUACCUUUAUGUCUCUUCUAGUCACCAUAAAGAUUUUCACGUUAUCCUUCUGUGGCUACAAUGUCAUUGAUCACUUCUUCUGUGACUGCAUCCCUUUAUUAUCUUUGAUCUGCUCUGACACGCACGAAGUUGAAUUGAUCAUUAUGAUGUUUGCAGCUGUUGAUUUGAUUUCUUCACUUCUGUUUGUCCUUAUGUCCUACUUGCUGAUCCUGGUAGCCAUUCUCAGGAUGAACUCGGCAGAAGGCAGGCGCAAGGCCUUCUCCACCUGUGGGUCCCACCUGACAGUCGUUACAGUGUUUUAUGGAACAUUGAUAUUUAUGUAUGUCCAGCCAAAAUCCAGUCAUUCCAUUGAUACUGAUAAAUUGUCCUCUAUAUUUUAUACCUUGAUUAUUCCAAUGUUGAAUCCUUUGAUCUACAGCCUGAGGAACAAAGAUGUAAAAUGUGCUCUACAAAAGACAUGGAAAAAAAUAGGCAAUGUCUUCUCUUGA